GUGGCGUGGGGUUGACAGCUGCUUCAUCUCGCGUGGAACUACUGCUGCUCUGCCUAGCGGCAACUGCGCCCUGCUCUGCCUAGCGGCGACUGCGCCCUGCUCUGCCUAGCGGCGGCUCAGCUUUAUUUUGCCUUAUUGCUGCUGCCUAGUGACAUUUGCACCGUUUCGCGCUUUGCGCUUCCGGUUUGUCCAUACUCUGUCUAGCCUAUAGCAGGGUCCCGGUGCCCAGCCUUAGAUCGGCAGGAAGUGGCUGCUGGUACGCGGCGGUGCUCCAAGCUUACGGUGCUGGGAUCGACUGAUUACUCUUUUUAUGGUUUUAUUGUGUAAUAAAAGUGUGUGUGUUUGGAACAACGUCUCUCCGCUGUUUCUGGUGAACGGACCAGUGUGCCUUUGCCCGGGGAUAGGGCGAUUUAACUUUCUCUGGGUGUAAUACCUGGGGUGGCGUAGUCGGACUAACGUAUGGCUAUUGGUACCAUUGUUUGGUACUAUUUGGCAGUAUUUCUCUCACCACCACUCGCCACAUCUUGGCGUAGUCGGCAGGAUCAUCUUUCAGCGGAGACGUGUGUUCCUUUUAAUUGAGUUUCUGUAAUUUUUGUUUUUUUAGGGUGUCGUCAGUUUGGAGAGGCAGAGCAGCAGUUUGUUCCUUGUGGAUCGUUUUGGGUGGCUUGGUGAAGGUUUGCCCAAGAUACGGGUUCGCGUAGCUGUAAUAAUUUGAGCGCUACCAUCAUACUGGAUUAGCCCAGCCUUGGUUAAAUUAUAGGUAUGGCGGAGGAGUUACAGGAAUUGAGGGAGCUUGUUUUACAACUGCAAGCUGAGAAUGAUAGGCUGCGCCAGGAGCCGGUUUCUGUUGCCCCAGGGCCUAGUGCUAGUGUUAACCCCAGUCACUUUACUGUACCCAGUAGGGGUACCCCUGUAGUCGAACGUUUGGUUCUCGUCCCUAGGGAUAGGAAAUGCCCCAUUUUUAGAGGGAGAACAGGAAUAGGGUUAAUGGAGUGGCUGGAGGAAGUGGAGGCCAGUAUGAGGGCACGUCAUUUGUCCAUGGCAGAUCAGGCAUUCUUCUUGUUUGACCAUUUGGAGGGCGAGGCAAAGGAGGAGAUAAAGUACCGUCCUCAGGACAGAACAGACCCAGUAAAGAUAAUAGCAGUUCUAAAGGAACUGUACGGGUGUACUGAAUCCUAUGUGUCUUUACAGCAAGCUUUCUUUGCUAGAAGGCAAGAGGACGGGGAGUCUCUUCAGGAGUUUUCCUUGGCUUUAAUGGGCCUUAUGGAGGCUGUAAAACAGCGUGCACCGGCCGAUAUGGAGAAUGCAGAUUUGUUGCUGCGGGAUCAAUUUAUUGAACACGUACUAGAUGGUGCUUUGCGCCGUGAAUUGAAACAAUUAGUGCGCCGGCAGCCUAUGGCUACGUUGUUGGAUGUCCGAGGGGAGGCUAUCAGGUGGGAGCGUGAGGGUUUGUCCCGUGCUGCACACGGACGGAGUAGUUCCGUGCCAGCAGUGCUUGGUGUUCAGUAUGGGGUUCAUGGUGGUCCCCAGGGUGCUGGUAAUUCAUCCCAUUUGACUGCAAUGGAGGAAGUGAGAGCGUUACUGACGUGUCAGCAGAAGCAGUUGUCUCAGCUCACCCAGAGUGUGGCUCGGUUGCAGAAUUCCAGUCAGCGUGAUCGUGCACCCCAGAAGGAUCCAGUAAUAUGUCGGCGUUGUCAGCAGCCCGGUCACUUCGCUAGGGAGUGUGAUGGUUUGCGCAUUCGCUCUGGUAACUUGCCCCGGCAGAGGAUAUCCUCACAGCCCAAUAGUCAGCCCCAUCCGGUGCAGCCGUCGGAAAACUAGUGCCCACUGAACUGGGGGGCCAAAGUUCUGUGGGGAUUGUUUCUGGCUCAAGUAAUUUGGGGAAUGCCUCCCGGUUAAUGUCAUCCUGCCCCCACUUGGAGGUAGACAUGAGUGGCGUAAGGGUGCCCUGUUUGGUUGACACUGGAUCAAUGGUGUCUACUAUCACUCAGAGCUUCUUUCAGCAAUAUUUUGUGCCUUUGGGUCAUGAGCGACUACAGGAUUGCCGUUGGUUGGAGCUUCGAGCUGCCAAUGGACUAGCUAUUCCAUAUAUUGGUUAUCUGGAGCUAGAUGUUAACCUGUGUGGAAAGUGGAUGCUGGGCUGUGGGAUACUUGUGGUCAGGGAUCCCCCUGGCAGUUUACCAUCUCAAUUUCCAGGUAUACUGGGUAUGAAUGUGAUUAGGAGGUGUUAUCGAGAGUUGUUUUCCCAGCAUGGUGCGUUGUUGUUUGAACAACCUGGCUCGUUUCAGGUCCCUGAACCAGUGGUGCAGGCAUUAUGUCAGUGUCAUGCUCAGGAGUUGGCUCCUCCGGUUUCGGGUAGGGCCAAGGUCCGGGGUGGGAGGGCCUGUCGCGUUCCAGGUGGGACCAUGAAGUUGGUGGCCGCAACAUGCUCGGAGCAGCUUUCUGGUAGCACUGUAAUGUUUGAACCUCCAGAGGCUGGUUUGCCUGCUGGGCUUCUUGCUUCCCCGGCAUUGGUUCAGGUGCUGCGGGGCACAGUGUACAUUUCUGUCAUCAAUG